AAAAAUGAGUUAAAACAUCGAUACUGCAGUAUACUUUAAAGACAAAACAUUUAAAGGCGUUGAUCAACAUCGCCACUACGAUGGGAAGAUGUCGUCAUCUCCUGUUAUCAGCCCUAGCCCUCAUUUAUUGCCUUAUCGUCAAGGAGACUGACGGACAAAUCUACCUAUACACCGAAGGAUCGAUAUCAUCCCCCAACUUUCCAGAUUACUACCCGAAUAACACGUUCAUGGACUGGCUCAUCAAUGCUCCUUAUAAUCAAAUAAUCGACAUCAGGUUUCUGAAACUGGACCUUAAAAGAAAAAAAGACCAGGUUUGUGUGGACUACGUUAAAAUUUUUGACGGAACCCACAGCGGAUACCCGCUGUUAGGAACGUACUGCGGGUACGAUUUGGACGCCAGAACUGCAGGAAUCAGAGUUAGAUCCAGCGGGAUGUUUCUGUAUGUCCAGUUCGUAUCUGGUCCAGGAGGGUCGGGGUCAGGAUUCAAUAUGACAUACACAUCCCAUGGUAGGUUCUCUUGA